AUGGCGUACCUGAAUGAGGGCUUAGUUGUCAACAAUAGUGAAAUGUUUGAUUUGGUUCAGUGGUGGAGGGCACGAGUCCUAACUCGACUGACAAUGGAUAUUUUUUCGAUCUUAGUCUCCAUUGUUUCAUCUGAACAAGCCUUCACUGAUCGAAGAGCUCGUUCAAGGGCGGGAUUUGGCGACCCCACUCUUUCUGUGCUUUUGAGCAGUAGUUCUUAUAAUAAUCCACACAACAAAAACGACAAUCCUGAUGAUAUUAAUAUUGUUGGUGGCGAAAUCAACGGCCCUGAGGCUUCCGUUUUGGAUCACUCGCAAUGCGGUGACCGGAGCUCCGAAGAUUCCGGCGAGAUUAGUACUAAGAAGAGACCGGCUUUGAAAGAUCGGAGAGGCUGUUACAAAAGAAGAAAGAGUUCCCAAUCAUGGACUAAAAUCACAGCCAACCUAGAAGAUGGUCAGGCUUGGAGAAAGUACGGCCAAAAGGACAUCCUCAACGCUCAAUACCCAAGGGCUUACUUUAGAUGCACCCGCAAGUACGACCAAGGAUGCCGAGCAACCAAACAAGUCCAACAAAUCCAAGACAAUCCAAAACUGUACAAAAUAACCUAUAUCGGCCAACACACGUGCAGAAACCUUCAAAAAGCACCACAAAUGAUCAUUUCUGAUUUCCAUGAAUAUCCUUGGGAUAUUUCCAAUAGUAAUUACAAGGCAACUAUUGCUUCUGAUCACAUUGAUCACAGCCCAAGGAGCACCACAACUAGUAGUACUAUUUUCCCAAACAAUUUCUCAAAAUCCGCUACAGCCAAACUCAUGGAGCAAGAUGAUCAUCAAGAUCACGAUCAUGAUCAAGUCAAGGAAGAAACACCAAAUGAUGAUCAUGAUGACAACGCUUCAUUGGACACUCAUGAUCAUAACAGCCUGUGGCCUAACGAGUUUAAGGAUCUCGAGCUAUCCGUUGGUUUGCUGUCUCCGAAGAAUAUGAGGACGUCCGACAACGAUCGGGACGUCGUCUCCGUCGUGUUCUCGUUUGAGGAUCGGAAGGGAGCUGCGACUUCUGAUAAUGAUUUGGACAUGGACGACUUUGUGGUGAAGUGUAUAGAUUUUCGUGACUUUGAUGAAACCGAGUUUCCUAUAUAAAAUAUCAGUGUGAAGAUUGAAGUGCUAGACGUACUUUGUGUAAUUUUUGACAUCUUAUGAAUCAUGUAAACUUUCCAACUUGUGAUAUAAUGAGAAUAACAGAUGUUUAUA